AUGGAAAGCAACAAUGGUAAGACAUUCUCUGUGUUGAGAACCUUCGAUGCGUUCCCAAAAACCCAAGCACAAUAUCAACAAAGCAACGAUAAUACUUCUAAAAAAAUUACCAUUAAAACAAUUUUAUUUUACCUAUAUUUAUUGUUCAUAGCGUGGUCUGAAUUUGGGUCCUUUUUCGGUGGAUAUCUAGACGAACAAUAUAUAGUGGAUGAUACACCAAGAGAAACAGCACAAAUUAAUAUUGAUUUUUUCAUUCGUACUCCAUGUGAACUAUUAAAUGUUGCUGUCAGAGAUCAAACGCGUGAUAUAUUUAUUAUUUCUGAAAAAUUAAAUUUCGAGAAUAUGCCAUUCUUUAUCCCCGGUGAUAUUAAAGCUAUAGAUAAUCCCAAAAAGGUCAAAACACCCGAAUUAGACGAGUUGUUGUCGCAAGCUAUUCCAGCAGAAUUUAGAGAAAAAUUAGAUACUUCUAAAAUGAUUGGCUCCGAUAAUUUUGAUGGCUGUCAUAUUUUUGGUUCAGUUCCAAUAACUAAGGUUGAAGGCCAGUUACAAAUCACUUCCAAGAUGUUCAGUCCUUUCGAUAUUGGUGGUAUUCCAGCAGACGCUAAAAUUGAUUUUUCUCAUGUGAUUAACGAAUUAUCCUUUGGCGAAUUUUUCCCCUAUAUCGACAACCAAUUGGACAAUACGGCAAGAUUAACUAAUAAGCCAGCCACCUCUUUUAAAUAUUCCCUUCAUGUGGUGCCAACGAUAUAUAAAAGUUUGGGUGCGACUUUAAAUACCAACCAAUAUUCUUUAUCAGAAAGUAUUUCAGAAGUCAAAAAUAUAGGAGGGUUUGAAGCAGCUGGUAUAAUGAUCAGCUACAAGUUUGAAUCUUUAACCGUUGUCGUAGAGGAUAAGCGUAUUUCUUUUUUGCAAUUUAUUGUUAGAUUGAUCACCAUUCUCUGUCUUAUUGUUUACAUUACAACUUGGUUAUAUAAAUUAGCCGAUAAAAUAUUAAUUCUUAUUGGUGGUAAGAAAUGGAGUUUAUAUGAUGACAGUCCAAUGAAAUCCAAACAAGGUUUAUUAGAUAGUUGA